UCUCACUCACCCUCCAGGCAGGUAGAGACGUGUGUGUGUGUGUGUGUGUGUGUGUGUGAAACAACACAAAGAAGAAGAAAACACAAAACAGAAACGAAACAAAAGCAACGGAAAAAAACGAAACAAUCGAAACAACGACACGUGUGCAAUAGUGUGUGAUUACCGCGUGCGAAAACGAUGCUGCCGACAGACAUCCGACCAACGGACAACGCCACCGCUGCCGCCAUCCUCAUCAUUACCGUCGCCACCGUCAGCUCCUCGAUCAACCUCGUGCAGCAGUUGGUGCGUGUGUAAACCCGUCUCGCUUCGCGUGUGUGUGUGCGCGAGCGCGCGCGCGCGCGUUCGUGGCUGUUUGUGUGCGUGCGUGUGUGUGCUGUGCUGUGUAAAAGCUGCUCUAGCGCGUGGUGGUAUUGUGUGUCUGUGCGCGCUGUGCUCUGUGUAGUGUGUGCGGUGUCGGUUCACCACCCACCCACCACACGCCGUUUGGUCAGACAACACCAACAGCUGUCACUAGCCAUUUUCGAUCCAAUUUCGUUCGCUAAAAGGCAUGUAUCCUAAUACAUAGAUCCUCGCCACCGCUCUGUGCACGUGCAGUGAGGCUGUGUGCGUGUGCGUGCGUGCGCGCGUGUCUGUUCUUCUAUUUUGCAGCCCGCAAACCAGUGUGUGUGUGUGUGUGCUAGAAAGAAAAUAAAAGUGCGUCUGCACCAAGUGAAAGACGGGCAACUAAAACGGCGAGCGUGCUGCCAGACGACACCCCAACCCGAACCACCCAUCCCACCCACACACAGAGGCGGGUCGAGAGCGCACAGGCGUGUGUGUGGUGUGGUGCUGGUGCACGCUCUGUUGUAAUCUAUUGUUUUAGUGCGUGUGUCGUUCUGUGUGAAAGUGGAGUGAAAAAGUUAAAAAAAAGAAUCCUUAAAGAAUCCCUAAAGAAAAAAAGGGUCACACGUGUGUGUGUGUGUGCCAGUGGUGUAUUGUUUGUUGCGUGCGUGUGUGUGGGCUCGUGGUGCGGGGGCCGUCCAUACCAACAUCCGGCCGCAUGUCCGGAGCGUUCCGUGGUGCGCGCUUCCUUUCGUUUUCCGGUUCCGGUCGCUGAACGGUGCUAAAGUGUGCAAACCGCGUGUGCGUUAGUGUGUCCGUGUGUGUGCGCGCGCCCGUCAGUGUGUGUGUGUACGCGGCUACCUAUGUGUGUGCGGUUGUUGGACUGCUGCCGCCACCGCUGCCGCCACUGCCGCCGCCUGGCGGCACCGCUCUACACACCGUCGGCCACCAGCAGCAGCAGCAGCAGCGCCACCAUCUGGCGACAGGAGCCACAGUGGCACGGCGGUGGUACGGUGCGCCAGUAGUGCGCUCCAUCUACUCCACACCCGUGCGCCGACACCACAGCCGACAGCGCCCUAGAAUGCAGUGCCGCCGGGGUUGAAACGAGCACGCGAUGGAGAUACAUGUGAAGCAGUGCAAGCAGCGGAACAAACGCCGGGAGCGGGCCCAACGUAUGAUCGCCGAGCGGGACAAGGAUGCGGCCGCGGACGGUACCGGCAACCGCGAUCCGGACGACAGUGCGGACGACGACAGCGGGCCGGUCAGCCGGGAGAAGCCGCACCGGCCGCCCGUCCGGCGGAAGCGCAAGGAGAAGGAACCGUCGCCCGUGCUCGAGGAGGACAUCAUCGACGGGUUCGCGAUACUGGCGUUCAAGACGUACGAGGAUAUUGAGUUUGCGAUAAAGGUCGCCAACAAGCGCAAUGAGAAGCGACUGUCGUCGAUCGUGGAACUGACAACUGUGAUGGUGCCGGAGGAAAAGCCGCCGAAGAUAAUCGACACCACGCCGUCGAAGCUGGCGGAGAAGUCGCUCGGCGGCACCGGCGUGGUGCCGUUGGUAACGAACAAGAACAACAACAGCAUUAACAAUAGUGAGAACCAUGCCGGUGCGAACGCUGCCAGCCCCGGUGGUGGUACGGCCCCCGGUACACCCGGGCCGGGUGGAGCAGGAGGAGCCGUUGGAGGAGCAGCAGGUACCGGAGCAGCAGCGGCAGUAGUAAGCAACGUCAAUGGCGGCGACUGGUCGCCGGUCAACAACACCCACCAUCAGCUGCACCAUCUGCAGCAGCAGCAGCAUCACGGUGUGGUGGGACCACCGGGCAGCGUUAACGAGCGCACACCGAACGGCGAAGGGCUGACGCACCACGGCACUGGUCCGGCCGGUAGUGGCAGCGGCAGCGUACCGGCGGUAGCAUCGGCGACAGGUGCCCGCGGCUCCGGCAGUGAUAUGGCACUGAUCGCAGCCAACGGUGGUGCGCCCGGUGGGACCAAUCAUCACAAUCACCUUCACAACAGCCACGGGCACCACAACAGCCACGGGCUGCACAACCACAACCACCUGCAUCCUCACCACAACCACAGUAGCCGGAAUCACAACCAGCAGCAGCAUUCGCCGCAGCAGCAGCAGCAGCAGCAACAGUUCGCGUCGGUUCACCACCAUGCGCAUCACAACCAUCAUGUGGUGAGCAAUGGGAGCGUUAGCGGACCGACAGCGGCGACGGUACUACCCGUUGGUGGUGGUGGUGAUGGAGCAGUCGGCAACACCACCAAUAGUAACAGUGGCGCCCCGAACGGUGUCAACGGUGAUUCCGGCACGGUUAGCGCCGGCAACGGGCCGAGCAGUGUGGCCGGUAGCGCCAACAAUCGGAGUAGCAGUAGCAGUAGUAACAGUAGUAGCAACAGCAGUAGUAGCGGUAACGGUAGCAACAGCAGCAGCAGCGUUCGGGCUGCCAACAGCAACAGCAGCAAUCGAAACAGUGGCAGCAGCAAUAGCGUACCGGCUAGUGGUAGUAGCAUCAAUAUGAACAGUAGCAGUAAGAACCAUAGCAGCAGCAGCAGCGGCAGCAGCAGUAAUAUCUGUUCUCUAAAUAAUCUCACCAUUGCCGCCAUCAUUGCGAAUGGGCCGCCGCGCCGGAACGUGAACGGCAGUGCGGCGGCGGCAGCGGCAACGACAGUGACGGCGAACGGUGCGCCCGGUCCGACCGGCACGAACGGUAUCAGUGGCAGCAGGGGCAGCAGUGGCAGCAGUGCCGCCAGCAAUAGUAGUGGCACGCCGAACAGCAACAGUACCGCGAAUACGCAUCAUCCAAACCACCAUCAACUACAUCAUCCGCAUCAUCAUCACCAGCAGCAGCAGCAGCAGCAGCAGCAGCAGCAACAGCAGCAGCAGCAAAGUCACCAUCUUCAUCAUCAACAGCAGCAACAGCAGUCGCCUCAUCUUCAACACCAUCCCCACCAUCAACAGCACCAUCAACAUAACCAUCAUUUAUCAGCGGUACAUAAUCUUUCCCUAUCUUCGAUCAUCGAUCCGGGCACGUCCGACGAUAGUGGGCGCGCCUCGGAGCGACUGACGACGUCCUCGGUGGCCCAGCGGGAUCCGGACAGUUCGCGAGACCGGCUCAGCGACGCGAGCAGUCGCUGCAGCUCCGGCAAAGGGUAUAUCUGUGAUAGCGAAGGAGACGAUGAUAAGGGUUCCGAUGGUGGUGGUUCGGUAGUGUUCGCCACGACCCCCCAGACGCAACAGACGGUGGCCCCGCGGAAGCUUGACUUUCCCCCGACCGGCCUGCCGCCCAGCGUGGAGCCGCUCGGGGGCGGUGCGAGCCCGAUCCGGGUGCCGGCCGCCGGCACCGGUCCGGCCCCAUCACCGGCACCGGCCGCACUGCCACCGCCAAGCUUACCGCCGCCUUACCCAGCGACACCACUGCAGGUAUCGAAUGGACCAUUGGGUACGCAUUUGACGCCGCUCGGUGGCGGUCACCAGGCGGCAGCGUCGCCGCAGCAGCAACCGCCCCAUCCCGGAUCGCAACAGCAGCCACCACAGCCGUCCGCCUCGCCGCAGACGGCCGGCAUAAGCAAUAAGCCGUUGUUGCCGACCGCCUCCGCCAAGAUACCGGCCGCCGGCGGCGUCCUGCUGCUCAGCACGACGGCGGCCGCCACCACCGUAACGACAGCAAUAUCAACCACCUCCCAGAAGCAGCAGCAGCAGCCGGGUCAGGGGCCGCCGCUAGUUUCCAGUGCGCCCCAGUCGCCUGCCCAGUCGCUGGCGUCGGUAGCAUCGCCGGCGGGCGGCAGCCUACAGGCCCCGUCGACACCGAACCAAUCUCAGCCGCCGCUAUCACCCCAGCAGCAGCAGUCACAGCAGCAGCAGCAGCAGCAACAGGGACCGCUGCCCGCAACGUCGACGGCCGCCAGCGGUGGACCGCUCAAGUCAGUAUUUCUCGGCGUGACGGCGGCAGGCCCGAACGGCGGGGGCACUGGCGGCAGUAACGCACCGUCAGCCGCCUCCGCGGCGGCCGGCAACUUCACGAGCGGUGGUCCCGGUGGUCCGGUCGCUCCCAGCAGCCACCAUCUCAGCGGGAGCCUGGCGGGUGUGGUCGGCCCGAGCAGUGCCAGCAGCAAUGGCAGUGCCGCGCCCUCCUCCCUGCCCCUCUCCGUGCCGCACACGCCGCCCGCAGCAACGCCGGCGACGGCGGCCGGUCAAACCGGGGCCGUGCAUCCGCCGCUCGACAGCAGCAGCAGCACCACCGUCGCGACCUCCUCCUCUUCGUCAUCCACCUCCUCCGCUGCACUGUCGUCCUCGUCCGCUCCGUCGUCGGCCGCCGUGCCCACGUCUGGUCACACGUCCUCCGUGGCGGCGGCGGCAGCGGCGGCGGCUGCUUCCACCGGCGGCUUACGCACCAACAGCCCCGCCGUACCGUCGCUGCCCGGUGCGCUGCCCGGCGGUCCGGCCUCGAUGCUCAACGGCAACCACGCGGCGGCCAUCGUGGCGGCGGCCUCCGCAGCCGCCCAUCCCUCGAUGAUGAUGGCGAACGGGCUCGGCAGCCUGCCGCCACCGUACCGGGGGUACCCGGGCUACCCGCUCUACUCGCCGUACGGCAGCUUCCAGCACAAUCCCUACCUGCCACCGUCGGUCACCUCGCCUAACCUGUCGCCCCGGUUGCAUCCGGCCCUCGCCCCGAUGCCCCACACGCUGAUGGGGCUCGGGCUGAUGGACGCCCGGUUGCAGCCGCCGCCGCUGGGGGCUGGGCCGCCACCGCCACCGCCCGGCGCUAGCAACGGGACGCCGGGAGGCAUGCCACUCGGCCGGCCCGGUCCCGAUCGCGACCCGUCGCCACUGAUUGCGGCCGCCCAGCAGCAGGCCGCUGCAGCCGCCGCAGCCGCCGCAGCCGCCCAGCAGAAGGUGCGCCCGAUCACGCCGAACACUAACUCGAGCUCGAGCAACGGCUCGUCCUCCUCUGUCUCCUCGUCGGCGGCCGCCAGCAGCAGCAGCACGUCUUCCGUCACGCUCGUCUCCAGCACAGCACCGUCGGGCGGCGGGCCGCUGCUGCUGCACCCGUCGGCGUCCUCCGCUCCGGCCGACCCGUCACUUCCGCCGCAUUCCUCCCAGCAGCCGCCGUCGCACCGGGACCUCGUCGGCCACCCGGGGGCGGGGCUGCCCCAUCCGGGGCUGCAUCUCGCCGGCGGCCCGCCGGGCAGUGGGAGUGGCCCAGCAGUGCCGCCACCGCCGCCCCCGCACCACCAUCUGCUAGGCCACCCGGGCGCUCAUCCGGGUGCGGCGGCGGCUGGUGCUGUCGGCGGGCCGGGCAUCUCGCCCCUGCUCGUCGGCCACCAUCACCAUCCACUCGUGGUUGGUGGGCCGCCGCCUCCGCCACCCCCGCCCGGGCUCAUGCCGCCCGGUGGGCCACCGUCGGUCUCCCAUCUGCAUGGCGGCGGGGGCAGCAGUAGUAGCGGCGGCCUCGGUGGAAACAGUAUUAGUGGCCAUCCGGCAGCCGCAGCAGCAGCAGCACCACCACCACCACCGACCUCUUCCAGCAGCAAUAACAACGGCAACGGUGGCAGCAACAGCAGCAGCAGCAGCAGUAGCAGUAGUAGCGGCAACCUCAUCGUCUCUUCGCGUCCUCACUCACCGCGCGGUCACAGCCCGAACAGGGAACGGGAUAGCUAUAGUAGUAACGUAAGUAGUUUAUCGCGCUCUACGCCCGGCUCGACGAUACCAGCGUACGGUGGUGUCGGGCCGGCGACGAGCGGCCCCUCGCCCGUGCUGCCACCGUUCGGUGCCAGCCCGCACUCGGCCGCCGCCCUGGGCGUCGUGCCGUCGGUGGCCAUCUCGGUCGUCUCUUCUAGUCUCACGUAUCCUAAAACCACGCUCGCGAUCGGAGGCAGCAUCAUGUCUUCCGCCUCCACCUCCUCCUCGGCCGCCACCUCGUCCGCCCCGUCCAUCGGUGGGAGCGGCGGGGUGCCGCCGGGAUGGCCGCCGGGUGCGCCCCUCGGGCAGCCCACCGUCGUGUCGAUCGCGUCCCACUCGAGCUCGCCGGCGGCCGGUACGCCCGGCCCCGGUCUGCACAACAGCUCGUCCUCGUCUUCCUCGUCCUCCACGGUCGGGUCGCACCACCACCACCACCACCCGCACCAUCAUCUGCAGCAGCAGCAGCAGCAGCAGCAGCAGCACCAUCAUCACACGCGACCCACACCUCCGCCGGCGAGCGAUCGGGGCGGCUCCAGCGCGUCCGGCUCGAUCGCCGUCGUCUCCUCGCCGUCCCCGUUUCCGGCGGCGCCACUGUUCGCCACCCCGAUUCCCCCGCCGACCAGCGUCUCGCUUUCCAGUCCGGCCGGGGCGGGGCUGUCGGUCGCUAGUGCGGCCGGCGGAGGCUCCUCGGGUGCGGCAGGUGCCGGUUCGCAGCCUCCAUCGCAGCCCCCGACAGCGCCCCAUCCUCAUCCCUUCUCGGCUGAAUCUCUCUUCUCCACCAAGGUGUCCGACCAGGCCGACAUGUUACGGCGCGAGCUGGACAACCGGUUUCUGGACCGCAGCGGGCUGACCGCGGGACCGCCCGGGCCGCCCUACCUGCGCCAGGAGCUGCACCAUCACCAGCACCAGCACACGCACCUGCACCAGCACCAGCACCAGCCGAUGCUGCCGGGGGCGGCCGGCGGUGCGCCCACCCUCUUUCCGCCGCCCCUCUUCAAGGACGUGCCUAAAAUCGGUGCGGUCGAUUCGCCCUUCUACCGGACCGGGAUCGGGAUGCCGGCGUACCCGGGCUACCCGCCCGGUCUGCUGCAUCCCGGCCUGAGCGGGCCGACUCAGUUCGUGCCACCGAGCCACCUGCAAUCGUUCGUGCCGAAGCAGCAACAGACGCCACCGGUCGAUCCGAACAAAAAGAAAACGGGUAAGUGGAACGCGAUGCACGUGCGUAUCGCGUGGGAAAUCUACCAUCACCAGGCGAAGCAGAACCCGGACAAGGCGGCCUCGAUCAAGACGGCGUCGGAGAUGCUGCGGCCCCCGUCCCACAUGUACCCGCCGUCGGCGGCGGCGGCAGCCGCAGCGGCCGGCCUGGUCCGCCCGCACGAUCUGCCCUCGUCCACCUUCCCACCAGCAGGCCUUCCCGGGCGGCCGGGUCCGUACGAGUCGACCCCGCUGCCGCCCAGCUUCAUGAGCUCCCCGGCUAGUCAUAUAGGUGUCUCACCGUUCGGCCGGUACGCCUCGCCGUACGGCGGCUCACCGUUCAGCGGCCUGUCGCCCUUCACACGGGACCUCCCGAUGGGUUCGCAGAUGCCGGGCUCGCUGCACGACCCGUGGCGCAGUGCACUACCGCGCAGCGUGAGCAGCUUUCCGCCCGGGCCGCAACCGGCGGGCGGCGGCGCGUGGCCCCCGAUCAAGCAGGACCCGGGCGGCCUGGCCGCGGAAACGGCCCGCCGGGAGGCGGAGGAGCGCGAGCGGCAGCGUGAGCGCGAGGAGCGGGAGCGGGAGCGCCAGCGCCGGGAGCGGGAGGAGCGCGAGAAGCAGCGGGAGCGCGAGCGCGAGGAAAAGCUGCGCAAGGAGCAGCAGGAGCGCGAGCGGGAGCGGGAGCGCGAGCGCGAGCGGGAGCGCAAGGAGAAGGAGCGGCGCGACAUGGAGCGGCGGGAGAUGGAGCGGGAGCGAAUGCUGCACCAGCAGCAGCGCGAGUCGAAGGCGGCGGCGGCGGCGGCGGCAGCAGCAGCGGCAGCAGCCGCCGCCGUCUCCUCCAUCAACCGGGACCGGUCGCCGCUGCGCAACGGCACCGAGCUGGACAUCCGGAUCAAGGAGGAGCCGCGCAAGGAGGAGGAGCUGCUGCUGCGGAGUCAUGCGGCGGCGGCGGCGGCGGCUGCCGCUGCGAGCGGUGAUCCCCGCUACCACCCGUCGAUGAUGCCGCACCCGUACAUGGCCGGGCGGCACCCGGCCGCCCACAUGCUGCCCGGGGGCCACCUGUCCCGCUCGAUGCUGCCGCCCUCGAUCGGGCUGCCGGGGCACUUCCCGCCGCACGGCUCGUGGGGCCCCGACCCGUUCCGGGACUACGCGCAGCUGCACCACCCGCUCCGCUACAACCCGCUGAUGGACGCGUACCGGGCGGAGGAGGCAAAGGCGUCCCUGCUGUACGCCGCCCAGUCGGCGGUGCACUUCCGCGGCAAGGAGCCGAGCCCGGUACCGCCGCCCCAGCAGCAGCAGCAGCAGCAGCAGGGACCGCAGGGACAGCAGGGACAGCAGCAGCAGCAGCAACAAGGGCCGCCCUCGCACCACCGGCUACCACUGGGUGCAGCACCACCGGGCAGUGGAGGUGGACCGCCCGGUGUAGGGCCGCCACCGCCCGGCUCGUCCGGCGGCACACCCGGCCCGAUGAAGGUGGGCUCGCACAGUGGCGCCUCCACGCCCACGAACGGUCCGCUCGUCGUGAUGGGCGGCGGUGGCGGUGGCGGCGGCACACCCGGACCGGGCGGGCGACCACCCUCGACCGGCGGGCCGAACACGCUCGAUCUGCACAAAAAGGAGGACACCUGCCAGUCCCGAUGAUAGUCGGCAGCCGGCGGCUCGUUGGUGGUAGUCGGUGCGACAACAGGCAACAGCAGCCCCCAUCCUUCGGCCGUGACGACUCCACUGAUCGUGAUCGUGGACGACGACUAGUAUAGUGCAAGAGAGAGAGAGAGAGAGACGGAGAGAAAGAAAGAGAGAGAGAGAGGGUUAGAGCAUAAGAAGCGAGCGUGUUCUACGAGAACACGCCCGAAACACACACAACAAAAAACGGCACGAUGUGAUCCUUUUGAGUAGCAGAAGAGAGAGAAAGAGGAUAGAGAAAACAAACACGUUGACGUGCAUACGACGACGUCAUCUGAUCCAACUCCCCCCUCCCCCAUACACACACACAUACUCACAAACACAAACAGGUACUAAAAUGUCACUUCAAAGCAGCAAAGGACACGAGGGUCGUUAGAGGGAGCCGCAAGCACAAAACCUUCUUUUUUAUCCUUCUUUUCUCCUGAAACGACCAACCAAAACACACACAAAAAA